AUGGCAGACGACGAGUUAGCAACCAGAGCACCUGAGAGUGACCAGGCUGAGCAGAGCGCCGUCCCUGGUGACUCGGCCGUCGACCAAGGCCCGAGUCUAGGAAACCAAGAAGCCCAAGUCCAUGAAGGAGGCCAACCAACUUCCACCUCCCAAACCCCCACGGGCGAGAUCACCAAAUUCAACGACAUCGAAUGCUACAUCACAAAACCUGCCGACUACCCGCACGCCCCCUGCAAACUCCUCCUCUUCUUAACGGGAGGUACUGGCAUCCAUGCACCAGCCAACAAACUCCAAGCCGAUGCCUACGCCGAACAAGGAUACCUCGUCAUCAUGCCCGACCAAUUCAACAACGACCCGGCACCUAACUCUGUCUUUUCUGCUGGUGACGACAAGACCAGUUUCCUCGAACAGUUGAAGUUGAGGGCUGCUGAGGUCGCAAAGAGCUUUAGGUUGGAUAUGUGGCUGGCGAGACAUACGCCUAGCUCUGUGUUGCCCAGGUUGAACAAGGUCUUGACUGCUGUCAAGGAUGAGUUCGCUGAUGCCGUGCAAGCUGGUGGCGGUGUAUAUUGCGUUGGUGUCAGUGUCGGUGGCAGAUUUGCGCUCUUGCUUGCUAGCGAACUGGGAGCCGAUGUGCUCGAGGGUCAGAAGGAGGUCAGUGAAGAGGCGGCUGGUAAGGUUGAGGAGGGCAUGAUCAGGAGAGGUCCUGCUGUCAAAGCUGCUGUUAUUCUUCAUGGCGCAACCAUCGAACGCGAAGACUUUACUGGUGUCAAGAGUCCUAUUGGUCUCUUGACUGUGGAUGAGGAUCCUCUGUUCAGCGAUGAGGUGCGCGAGGCUGGUCUCAAGAGCUUGAAGGAGAAGGGUGUCGAAGUACAGGAAUGGAUUUAUCCUGGAGUACCACACGGUAAGUCGAACCUUGUUGAGUGGAGGAACUUUUGGACUGACAAUCAAUCACAGNGCUUCGCAGUCGUUGGUGAGUACCAAGAUGAAGCCAUCAAGCAAGCCCAGAAGCAAGCCUUCGAAGUCGUCCUCGAAUGGCUGAAGGUUCACUGA